AUGACUUGCACCAUCGAUUCUUAUUAUUGUGAUGGAGGCUUCGGCAACAAGACAUUCAAGCGCGGGGCUGAACCCACCGCCGCCACUGGAAAGGACAACGGCGAGUCCAUGGAGGUCAAAUCUUCCUUGCCCCGGCCGGCAAAGCGGUCAAUGGUCCCCUCAGUCGACGAUGGCGAUAGACCAAAUUUUGGGCUCCCAACGUAUGACGAGGUGAUCGCAGAAAGGGUCUCAGGAUGGAACUGGAAGUGUUUUAGUCAGCGGCUGUUGUGCUCGACGGUUGUGAGCAAGCGAGCGACGUCGAUUGAGGAGCGGCCGAACCAACUGAAAAGGGGUGAACGAGCUCAAGAAGGUGAAGGACGAACCGAUUCAGCCAUUUGGGUUGACUUAUGGAUCGAACCAACGGACAAGUAUGGUUCGAGGAUGGAAACGUGUCAAAGGAGGUCGUUUCCCAUCGAUGAUGCUACCUGGAACAUCCAAUGGGUUUUCUAUGAUCGCUUCAUUGAGCUCGGCCUUGAGGACAAGACCUUUUUUUCAGGGGUGGUAAUGAUGAGCCCAUAA